CGGAAGUCGUGACUUUGACUCAGCCUCCCUUGGUUUUGCUCAUCCAACCCACAAAACCCCGUUUGGUCCCCUCACCCGAGCAGGUACCCGUCAUCUAAAUUAAAUUAGACGCAUAUAUCCAAUUAUAAAAUAUAUCCCGAGAGAGAGAGAGAGAGAGGAAAGCUAGAGUCGCGUGGUUCUUCAUCCUUCAUUUAUACUUCACAAACAAGAAAUGUUGUACUCCCUCUUUGCCGUUCUGUUCUUGUCUGCCGUCCAAGGAGGAAAACUCUUCUACAACCGUUAUGACGAUCUGUGUUCCAGUAAAGUAGCCACCUGCACGAACGGUACCUGUUGCCUUAUUGGCCCCAAUGAAUAUGCUUGUUGUAUCUAUAAGAAUGCUGAAUGUUGUUCAGACAGGACCCAUUGCUGCCCUGAGGGUUAUGCCUGCGAUGUGAAAAAUGGUCAAUGCAUAAAGGAUGGCAUCAAGAUUUCAUGGCAAAAUGCUUCAAUAAAGAAGCACAAGCCAACCAAUGAUGUUGAAUUUACCAACAGACUGAACUUUUUCGACAGAGUUUUUAGCCAUGAAAGAACUUUGAAAAGGAAUCCAAAAUGCCACUCAAACCACACAGUUUGUCUUUUAGAGAAUGAGGAAUUUGGUUGCUGCCCUUAUCCAAAUGCCAUCUGCUGCAGUGGUGGUGAAGGUCUGUGUUGUCCAAAUGACCACACAUGUAAUGUGAAUUCCAAGAAAUGUGAGAAAAGCGCCACAAAGGUCGCCAAAGCCGAGGACCCAUUGCCUAAGCACCUUUCUGACCAAAUAUGUCCUGAUGCACAGACCUCUUGUUCAAGCAACAUGACUUGCUGUCCUUUAGCUAAUGGAGAAUACGGUUGUUGUCCAUUCUCUAACGCGGUUUGUUGUAAUGACCAUCUGCACUGCUGUCCGCAAAAUAGCAUCUGCGAUAUGAGCAGCCAAACCUGCAUCUUACAGAACGAUACUAACCGUCUCGCUAAGGGCUCUGUUUACGACAUGACUCAGUCGAGGAUGAUGUCCCGAGUGGAAGGCGGCAAUUCGGCACCAUCAUCAGAAGCAGCAGCAGCACUGCCUCUUGUGAAGGAUACCCUGUGUCCGGACAACAGUUCAUGCUCUGAAAAUGACACCUGUUGUGCCAUGAACACAGGUGUCUGGGGUUGUUGUUCCUACACAAAUGCUGUUUGCUGUGCUGAUUACAUGCACUGCUGCCCAGAAAACUUCAUUUGUGAUUUAAACCAGAAGAGAUGUGUAAAAAAAGGUUUCUUAUUUUUGAUGUCACCAUUGAAGACCGCUAAACAAGCCCAGGCUGGAGCAACAUCAUAAACAUGAAAAUCUGUCACGUUAACAUUUUACAUUUCUUCUUUCAUUCUUUCAAAUUCCUUGUCUUUUUUUUUUUUAUUCAUUUACUUUCAAUUUUAUUUUUUUGUAUCUCUUCGUUAAUUUUUAUAUAAUAGUUUGAGCAAUUAAAAAAACUGAAUGCCUUAUUGAUGUCA